AUGGCAUUCAAGAUGAUACAUGGUGCUGAGGAGAAGCAGUAUGAGAGACUUUGGGACUAUGCAGCUGCUAUUAGGAAGUGGAAUGUGGGUAGCAUAGUGAAGAUACAAACUACGAAUGAUGUGUUUGAGAGAAUGUAUAUUUGUCUUGAUGCUUGCAAAAGGGGAUUUUUAGCAGGUUGUAGGCCACUUAUUGGGAUAGAUGGUUGUCAUUUGAAGGGGACAACAGGUGGACAGUUACUGGUUGCUGUUGGAAAGGAUGGGAAUGAUAAUAUCUUCCCAAUCGCUUUUGUUAUUGUUGAAAUUGAGAAUAAAAGCUCUUGGACCUGGUUUCUACAGUGCUUGUUGGAUGACAUUGGACAUGUGGAUGAGAAUGGAUGGGGAUUAGUAGAGACCUUUAAAGAUUUGAUGCCUAAUGCAGAGCACAGAUUUUGUGUUAGGCAUUUACAUGCAAAUUUCAAGAAGGAUUUUCCUGGGAAGGUACUCAAAGAUGCAAUGUGGAGUGCUGCUAGGGCAACAACAAAGAAUUCUUUUGACUUCCACAUGGAUGAGUUGAAGAAGCUAGAUGUGAAGGCAUAUGAGUGGCUUGUGAAGUUAGAUGUGAGAACAUGGAACAGACAUGCUUUUAAUCCAAGAAGCAAGAGUGACACUCUAGUAAACAAUAUAGCAGAGUCUUUCAAUGCUUGGAUUUUGGAGGCUAGGGAUAAACCAGUGUUGACAAUGAUGGAGAUCAUAAGAGUGAUGUUGAUGCAAAGGUUGCAAACCAAAAGAGAUCAUAUGAGAAGGUAUGAAGGGAGGGUUUGUCCAAGAAUCUAUAAGAAGCUUGAGAGGAUAAAAAGCGAGGUUGGACAUUGCAUUUCUCGUUGGAAUGGAGAGUCCAAAUAUGAGGUGGAGUAUAUUUAUGGUGGAAGAUAUGUGGUGGACUUGAAUGAGAGGACUUGUGGUUGUGGGAGAUGGGGAUUGAGUGGAAUCCCAUGUUUUCAUGCUGCUGCUGCAAUAAUUGAGCAUGGAGAGCAACUUGAGACUUAUGUAGACAUUGCUUACAUUAAGGAGACAUUCCUAAGUUGUUACCAAUGGAUGAUAAGCACACUUCCAAGCCAUGAACAAUGGCUAAAAACACCCUAUGACCUAAUCAAGCCCCCAAAAUUUACAAAGAAAGUAGGCAAGCAUAAGAAGGUAAGAAAGAGGGAGGCAGGAGAACCUAUAAAUGCAUUUAGGGUGAGCAAGAAAGGAACUGCCAUGAAAUGUGGGAAUUGUUUACAGUGGGGCCAUAAUCAAAGAACUUGUAAAGCUCCUGAUAACCCCAACAAGAAGGCUUAUAAAAAGAAAAAGAAAGGGCAAUUAGAACAAUCAUCUACAUCUGGAGCUAAAUGGAGUAAAAAAUUAUUGGGUACUCAGCAAUCAAAUAUAGGUACUCAACAGUCAAGUCAAAGUCGUACAAAGGACAACACUAGUGGAAGCAAGAAGGAUAAGGGAAAGACUAAGGUUUAG